CCGCUGCAAAUGGAUUGAUCCAACACGUGAUGUGCGAAAAAAUUCAAAGUAUAAUAUGAUUGACGUCAACCACUCUCGCGUGUAUACGAAAAAUGAGCCUUUUAUACUUGCUCAACAAGCAGCCCAGAUUUAUUAUACAGAAUAUCCUUCAACCAGGCGGACACAAAAUCCUUGGGUGUGUGCAUGUACUGUCCGUCCGAGCAAAAUUGUAUCACAAACUCAACACAAGGACGUUGAUUUAGAUGCUUUUCAGCAACAUUUUUUCCAACCUCCACCGAUUGUUGAGAUGGUCAACCAGCACAUUCAGCUAAGUGAUCCAAAUGGGGAAAGUGUUGAAAUCAUGCCAGAAACGCACCUUCCGGACCUAACAAUUCCAUCUGAG